AGGGAAUACUUUAGAUUUAUGGGAGAAAAGUAUUUAAGAAACUAAAAAGAGAUGUCAAUGGACUUGAUAUCAUCUGAACGUGUUUGGUAUGUUCAGUGCAACGUCUGCAACACCAUUUUAGCGGUUAGUAUUCCAUGCGACAGUGGGUUCAAUCUGGUGACUGUUAGAUGUGGGCGUUGUGCCAAUCUGCUGUCUGCAAAUAUGGGAAACUCUCUUCAAACAGUUCCCAUUCAAGAUGCUCAGAAACAGCAGGUAGCCAGUGAUGAAGAUCAUUCAAAUAAGGAAUGUGGGUCGUCUUCCAAAUGCAACAAGUUUUCUGCAGAGCAUGAACCAACUAGAAUGCCCCCUAUUCACCCACCUGAGAAGAGGCAACGUGUUCCUUCUGCAUAUAACAGGUUCAUUAAGGAGGAAAUCCAAAGGAUCAAGGUUAGUAAUCCAGACAUCAGCCACAGGGAAGCUUUCAGUACAGCAGCAAAAAAUUGGGCACAUUUUCCUCACAUUCACUUUGGUCUAAAGCCGGAUGGGGCAAGCAAAACUUGACCAGGGAUUUGCAGAUCAGGGUCCUCAAAAGUCUAAUGGGUACCACUGAAACACAAUGCCAAAUCUCAUCACCAUCAUCAUAUAUAUCAUAUGUAUAAUUACUAAAUGUGUGCUGAUUUUCACAUUCUAUCCAUUACAUGCAGUUUCUUUCUACCCUACUGAAUGCAUUUAUAUAUGUUUAAUUAAGAUCAUAUUUUCAUUUAAACAAACAAUCUCAUGGAAUAAUUAUAUUAUUUGUGUAAUCUCUUUUAGUAUCAAUAAUGGUAAAGUCUCAACCUUUUAUCCCU